AUGAAAUUUACAAAAAUUGCAAAGUCAAUCUCAAAUUUUGUACCACGACGUGCCUUAUUUUUUGUUCCUGGACAUGAUAAAAAAUUUUUAGCCAAAGCUCCAAAUUUCAAGGUUGAUUGUUUGGUUCUUGAAUUAGAGGAUGGUGUUGCAAUGUCUUCAAAAAAGCAAGCUCGAGAAAAUGUUGCAGAAUAUUUAAAUGAUUUACCUACUAAAACUCAUAAAUGUUUUGAAUUAGGUGUUCGUGUUAACUCACCUAGUUCUGGUAUGUUAAAAGAUGAUUUAUCAGUGUUAUCUAAAGCUAAACAUACUCCCCAAGCAUUUAUGAUUCCUAAAAUUGAUAGUGUUGAAGAAUUAGCUUAUAUUGCGGAUGCUUUUAGAACUACUUAUGGUGAAGAAAGAAUUAAUAACAAGAAUAUUAAAUUAGUUAUUUGGAUUGAAUCUGCUAGGGCUCUUUUAGAUAUGCCAAGAAUAUUAAAUAACACUUUAAAUCUUCAUUUAAAUACUGGAUUUCCACGAUUAGAUGCUGUAGUAUUUGGUUCAGAUGAUUUUUGUGCAAAUAUUGGAGCAACACGUUCUUCUAUAGGUACUGAAACUUUAUAUGCAAGACAACGUUUUGUAACUUGUUGUAAGGCUUUCAAUUUACAAGCAAUAGAUUCUGUUUUUAUUGAUUACAAAAAUCUAGAUGAUUUAAAACAACAAUCAAUUGAAGGAUUUAGUUGGGGAUUUACAGGAAAACAAAUAAUACACCCAAGACAAAUUGAAACAACACAAAAUGCUUUUUAUCCAAGUGCUGAUAAAAUUAAAUGGGCAGAGGAAUUAAUAGAUUUAUUUGAAAAACAUCAAAAAGAUGGAAAAGGAGCUUUUAUUUUUAGAGGUCAAAUGAUAGAUAAACCAUUAUUAUUACAAGCAAUAAAUAUUGUUGAAAUGAAAAGAAAAAUUGAAGAAAUAAAUUAG